GACUAAUCCCAACUAAGAUGGAAUGUCUUUAUCAAUAUGCUGUUGAAAAUGACCGUAAUCCCGAAAAUUUUCAGUUAUUACUAAGGCUGAGAAAGAUAGGAUGCUUCCGCGAUGGCUUAGAAAGAGACAUACGCUUCUAUCGUGGUGGAAUAGAAAGACAAGAAGAUACUAGAAAAUUUUAA